UUGUAUUUUGUAUUAACGGGGCUGAUCUUACACAAACGCAAGCCAAUUGAAGGAAAAUCAAAAUCUGAACGGUUCUUCAGUGAAAGAAUCUGAGUUCUUCUAAAUGAGGUGAGUGAGAGGUGAGAGGUAGAAGCAGGGAAUCAGUUUCAACCAGCGUUUGAAUUUUGGUAAUCUGAUCGUAAACCAUGAAACAAGAAGGUUCCACAACUGACAGCACCCCUUUAUUGGAGGCCCAAUAUGCAGAUUUUGGGGUCAAAAGAACUGGCACAGUAUGGACUGCAGUAGCACACAUAGUGACAGGAGUGAUAGGGUCAGGAGUGUUGUCUUUGGCAUGGAGCAUUGCACAGCUUGGAUGGAUUGGAGGCCCUCUCACUAUUCUUCUCUUUGCUUCCAUCACUCUUCUUUCUGCUUUUCUUCUUAGCAACACAUAUCGUGCACCUGACCCUGAAUAUGGCCCCCAAAGAAGCUCCUCCUACCUUGAUGCUGUUAAUUUGCAUAAGGGAGCAGGUAACAGUCGCUUCUGUGGUGUUUUUGUGAACAUUAGCUUAUAUGGUUUUGGAAUUGCUUAUAUCAUUACCGCAUCUAUCAGCUUAAGAGCAAUCCAAAAAUCAAACUGUUACCAUAGUAAAGGAAAUGCAACAGCAUGUGAAUUUGAGGAUUCAUAUUUCAUGCUUAUUUUUGGGGCUGUCCAAGUUGUUCUCUCACAGAUACCAAACUUUCAUAACAUUCAAUGGCUGUCGAUUCUUGCAGCAGUUAUGUCUUUUGCUUAUGCUUUCAUAGGAAUGGGACUUUCCAUUGACAAAGUUGUAGAAAAUGGGCAUGCUGAUGGUAGCAUUGAGGGAAUCCCUACGUCAAGUGGAACUGAAAAAUUAUGGCUGGUUGCUCAAGCACUUGGUGACAUCGCAUUCUCCUACCCAUUCUCAGUAAUUCUUAUAGAAAUACAGGAUACAUUGAAGUCCCCUCCACCAGAAAACCAAACCAUGAGAAGGGCCUCAACAAUAUCAGUCAUUGUCACAACAUUUUUCUACCUUUGUUGUGGGUGUUUUGGAUAUGCAGCCUUUGGUAAUGAUACACCAGGAAACCUUUUAACAGGGUUUACAUCCUUUAAGCAACCAUGGCUUGUAGACUUUGCCAAUGCCUGUAUAGUGAUUCACCUUGUUGGUGCAUAUCAGGUGUAUAGCCAGCCACUUUUUGCCAAUGUUGAGAAUUGGCUUCGUUUCAGGUUCCCAGACAGUGAAUUUGUGAAUCACACAUACUCCUUGAAACUCCCAUUACUGCCAGCUAUUCCACUGAAUCUUCUCAGGCUCUCUUUUAGAACUGCAUAUGUUGUGUCAACAACUGUGAUUGCAAUGGUCUUUCCCUAUUUCAAUCAGAUAUUGGGAGUUUUGGCUGGCAUAAUCUAUUAUCCCUUAACCAUAUAUUUUCCCGUGGAAAUGUACUUGAGUCAAGCCAAUAUUGAAGCAUGGACUGGUAAGUGGGUGAUGCUUAGGACAUUUAGCGUUGUAGGCUUUGUGGUGGGAUUGUUCACUCUUGUUGGAUCCAUUGAAGGAAUAGUUACUGCAAAACUAAAUUGAGAUUAUGGUUGUAAUUGCGGAAUUAGAUUACGGUUGCCUUUUUAUUUUUAUUUUUUGCACUUUCUUUGAAAGCCAGUAUUAAACAUAGGAUAGUGGCCUAUUAGUGACCCUCUCAUUUUGAUAGCAAGCAUUAAGAAUUAAGCAUGGAACAUUGAUGAAUUCAAGGUUUAGCUGUUUUUCCUGUUAAGGUGUAGGCACUAAAGAUGCGUGAUUGAGUUUGCAAAAGCUUAAAAUUGCAUUUGUUUCUUGAAAUAAACUUGAGAAGCUAGCUAGUUUCAUCUGUAAUACUUUGUUGAGACACAAAUUGUAGUCUUGGUCAUGGAAGAACAAAGUUGAGAAGGCCCGGUUAUUGAUCGUUUAACCACACCUUCAUUGUACUCCAGAAUAAAUGAACUUCAUUCUACUUUCAGUGUUUCAAUUUUUGAGUUCCCCCCUCGUUUUAGAAGUUUCAUUGACACAAGAUGUUAGCUAAACUAAUGGGAGAGGAAACUACAAAACAGGAUCAUUAAUUCUAUGAGUAGAAUGUUAGAGACCAGGAGCAUGUUUGAUUUUCCUUUUAAAAGCAGUUUUCUGUUUUUAAAAAUAAAUUGUAGUAUAAAUUUAUACUACAUUUUAUUUUUAAAAACAGAAUAGAAGGAAAAUCAAACAUAUUAGGAUUCUUAAGUUCAGUAAGAAAGGAAUUUUAUAUGAUUUGGCGAAUCUUAACGUUAUUUU